UACCUUUGGGGUCCUGGUUGAUUUUCCUAGCAAAUCACAGAUUGUGUGACUCUAAAUAUGGAAUCCAAGUUUUCUGAAUUUCAAGAAAAUAAGGACCAAGAUUUCAGCAACUAGCGCCCCUGCAAAACUCAGGGGUCCAACAGAGAAGAGGCUGUCCAUGGGGUGCCCACAGGCCCCUUCCUAUGCACCAGACACUUUGCAGCAGGAAAAAAAAAAAAAAAAGACUAUCCCUCCCGCGGCCGCCCUGAGCCCCUGCCCGGGUGUCCGCUGCUUGGACACAGCUUGAGCCACCUGGACACGGCGGCCGGCGGGACCGCGUGAUGGAUGCGGCGGCAAGGCUCCGGGCUGUGGGCGCGGCGUCCCCUCGGCUGCAGUCUCCUCGGCGGUCCCCUCCGCGGCCCCCUCCCCAGCCCCUGCCCGAGCAGCCGGGCAGCCGGAGCAUGCGCCGUGCGCCGGCCGGAGGCGGCGGGGAGGCAGCGCGCAGCACUCGGGUCCCCUUCCUGCACCCAGCCGCCAGUUGCCGGUUGCUAAGCAGUUAUCAUUGUUUCUGUGGCGAUUGCAGAGGCUGUUGCUAAUUGGAGAAGCCCCACUAAGCAACAGCAUCUUCCCCCUUCCGAUCCUCUCCCUGCUGUUUGCAUUUAAAAAAGAGCUGGUCUGCCCCUUCUACCACCCCCACCCUGCCCAAAAUAGCCUUGGGAAUUCGGAAGUAUGGACUAAAAAGCACACUCCUUACCUGACCGGAUUCUGGUGGCUCCAAACUCAGCGUCAGAUCCCACCUGCCCCCGGUGGUGGUGAGCGCCCUGGACAGACCAUGACUACCGCUAAGGAGCCCAGCGCUUCAGGGAAAUCCGUGCAGCAGCAGGAUCAGGAGCUGGUGGGGAGUAACCCUCCACAAAGAAACUGGAAAGGAAUCGCAAUCGCACUGCUGGUGAUUCUGGUCAUCUGCUCCCUGAUUGUCACAUCGGUCAUCCUGCUGACCCCAGCGGAAGAUAACAGUCUGUCUCAAAAGAAGAAGGUCACCGUGGAAGAUCUCUUCAGUGAAGACUUCAAAAUCCACGAUCCCGAGGCGAAGUGGAUAAGUGAUAAAGAAUUCAUCUACAGAGAAAAGAAAGGAAAUGUGAUACUGCAGAACGUUGAAACAAAUAUUCCUACUGUGUUAAUAGAAGGCAAAAAAAUUGAAUCGUUAAGAGCCGUCAGAUAUGAAAUAUCUCCAGAUAAGGAGUAUGCACUUUUCUCAUAUAACGUGGGACCAAUCUAUCAACACUCCUAUACAGGAUACUAUGUCCUCAGCAAACUUCCUCAUGGGGAUCCUCAAAGUCUGGACCCACCAGAAGUCAGCAAUGCAAAACUUCAGUAUGCAGGAUGGGGCCCGAAAGGCCAACAGCUGAUAUUUAUAUUUGAAAACAAUAUCUACUACUGCGCACACGUCGGGAAACAGGCCAUCCGAGUGGUCUCCACGGGGAAGGAGGGUGUCAUUUACAAUGGCCUCAGCGACUGGCUGUAUGAAGAGGAGAUCUUGAAGACCCACAUUGCACACUGGUGGUCUCCGGAUGGCACAAGGCUCGCCUACGCCACCAUCAAUGACUCCCGUGUCCCCCUGAUGGAGCUCCCCACCUACACUGGCUCCGUCUACCCCACGGUGAAGCCCUACCACUACCCCAAGGCCGGCUCUGAAAACCCCAGCAUUUCCCUACACGUUAUCGGCUUAAAUGGACCCACUCAUGACCUGGAGAUGAUGCCGCCUGAUGACCCACGAAUGAGGGAGUAUUACAUCACCAUGGUGAAGUGGGCGACCAGCACCAAGGUCGCGGUGACCUGGCUGAACCGGGCACAGAAUGUGUCCAUCCUGACCCUCUGCGAUGCCACCACGGGGGUGUGCACAAAGAAACACGAGGAUGAAAGUGAAGCUUGGCUGCACAGACAGAACGAAGAGCCGGUGUUCUCCAAGGAUGGCCGGAAGUUUUUCUUUGUGAGAGCCAUUCCCCAGGGAGGCCGAGGAAAAUUCUACCACAUCACCGUGUCUUCUUCCCAGCCCAACAGCAGUAAUGACAACAUCCAGUCCAUCACUUCCGGGGACUGGGACGUGACCAAGAUCCUGUCCUAUGACGAGAAGCGGAAUAAGAUCUACUUCCUGAGCACGGAGGACCUGCCGCGGAGAAGACAGCUCUACAGCGCCAACACAGUGGGCAACUUCAACAGGCAGUGCCUCUCCUGCGACCUGGUCGAGAACUGCACCUACUUCAGUGCUUCCUUCAGCCACAGCUCUGAGUUCUUCCUGCUCAAGUGUGAAGGUCCUGGAGUUCCGACAGUGACGGUGCACAACACAACAGACAAGAAAAAAAUUUUUGACCUAGAAACAAAUGAACAUGUACAGAAGGCCAUAAGUGACCGACAGAUGCCUAAAAUAGAAUACCGGAAAAUCGAGGUUGAUGAUUAUAGUUUGCCAAUGCAGAUCCUCAAGCCAGCAACCUUCACAGACACUGCCCACUACCCUUUGCUCCUGGUAGUGGAUGGGACCCCAGGGAGCCAGAGUGUGGCGGAGAAGUUUGAGGUAACCUGGGAGACGGUAAUGGUGAGCAGCCAUGGGGCCGUGGUGGUCAAGUGCGAUGGCCGAGGCAGCGGCUUCCAAGGGACCAAGCUCCUGCACGAAGUGCGGCGGCGGCUGGGCUCUUUGGAGGAGAAGGACCAAAUGGAAGCUGUGAGGACGAUGCUGAAAGAGCAGUACAUUGAUAAAACACGCGUUGCUGUGUUUGGGAAGGAUUAUGGAGGGUACCUGAGCACUUACAUCCUCCCAGCAAAGAGUGAAAAUCAAGGUCAGACUUUCACCUGUGGCUCUGCUGUCUCUCCAAUAACAGACUUCAAACUCUACGCUUCAGCAUUUUCCGAGCGGUACUUGGGCCUCCAUGGACUUGACAACAGAGCGUAUGAGAUGACCAAGGUGGCUCAUCGAGUGUCAGCGCUGGAGGGACAGCAGUUUCUGCUCAUUCAUGCCACUGCUGAUGAAAAAAUUCAUUUCCAGCACACAGCAGAACUCAUUACACAACUAAUUAAGGGAAAGGCUAAUUACAGCUUACAGAUAUACCCAGAUGAAAGCCAUUACUUUAAUAGCGCCUUCCUCAAGCAGCAUCUAUACCGGUCCAUCAUCAACUUCUUUGUGGAAUGCUUCAGGAUUCAGGACAAGCUACCCACAGUCACAACAAAAGAAGAUGAAGAGGAGGACUAGUCACAAGUCAGCUGGAAGCACAGACGUGGCUCUUUCUACAACUAUAUGCAACUGAAGAAUUUCCCUGCCCCUCUCUCUCCCCUUCAAGGGGUGGGUGGGGGCAGCGGUGUUCACGUUCCAUAGCAUGUGUCUCGGAUACUGAAGGCAGCUUUGCUUGAGAAACAAGCUCCUUCCCCGGGUGGAGAUGCGCCAUGGGGCGUGAUGGCUUCCACACUGCCUGGAACAUGCCACAUCAACAACAUCGCCUCCUCCUGGCCCUGCCAUGGCUGGCGCAUCCCACAGCCCCUCCCCCAAGGAACAAAGGAAGGACAGAUGGCAGCAAGGGCUCACUCGGAGCCCACAGGAAACCAGCCCUUAAAUUCAAGCUAUCAAACAGUAGCAUUAAGACCCACCCUCUACAUUAGAGUACUGUGUUCAUGUCCACAGCAUUACACCCUGUCUGAUAUAACUGUGCCAAGCAAACAAAAAGUGGAAGCAAUUAUAGCACAAUUGUUUUAACAGUGUGUGUUCCUCUAUUGGCUUGCUCCUUUCUGUAAUUAGGAGAUCUGACCUCAUAAGGGGCUGCCCCAAGAAAACAGACCCUUUUCUGUACAAAGUACUACCAUAGCUACACUAACGGUUAACCUUAUAGAAUUCAUUCUUAUUUUUCUGUGCUUUGGAAACUUCACACUCCAUUGUCUCUGGUCAUUGGUUGGUUUUUUUGUUGUUAUUUUUUUUGCUUUGUUUGCUUUCUUUUCUUUAGUCAAUAUGCACCCGUUGGAUUAAGGGGUAGAUCAGAAGUAACUGCUCUCUCCCCAAGGUUAUGGAGACAUUGCAAACACUGAGGGGGGAACACCCAAUAGGAUUCACUAAAGGAAAAUAUAUAAUAAAAGCUCUCUCCCACUGAACUGCAUUGGGAUAUGGCUGUAUAUUCCCCAUUGUCUACUUACACAUAUACUUCAAACCAUCCUUUUCCUUCUUGAUCAGUUCUUAAGUCUUUUCAGGUGACAUUUGGUUUAAAAAAAAAAAAAAGCGUGGAUUCCACCCCCCAGGUCUGCUGUGUAUGUUCAGGUCACUGGUGUCCUGAAGGGAAGUAGGGGAAUGUGUCUGUCUCCAGUCCCGGGGAUGGCUCACUGACCUUCCUACCAUAAGCCUCAAGGUUGAAGCUGUUCUGCAUUAGCCUUCUGAGAUGCACGCUGACCAAAUGUACAGCCGAUGUUCCCAGUGUAUAUUUCAUUUUGUUGUAUAUAAAGAAAGGAAUGUGUGUCCAGCAUUUGUGCAGUUGCCCGCCACCUCCCACAGCACUAACCUUGUGUUGAGCUUGCAUGUGGACACUCUUUGGCUGAUCUGGACUCUCUAGAAAUGCUAGUUUGAAAUAUAUCAAUGACCAUCAUUUCCUUUUGAGCUUGUUGACAACCUGAAUGUCAGUACUGAUUUCUCCAGCUCCUGUCCUGCUGGGAGUGUCCCUGACAUCCUGUCUGCAGAGGAGAUGUGUCCAUGUCGCUUUUUUGGUGUUUUGGGGUUUUGGUUUCAUCCAUAUGAGCUUUGAACGUCAGUUGUACUUGGGUCGGUUAGAAGAUUUCCUAUUCCAGGACUUUUUGAAGGUGAUGCAUCACUAUCUGUGAGGAGGACCGACCUGAAUGCUACCUGAUCAUGCUUUUGCUGUUUCAAUGGGCUUGACCAACUGCAAAGCCAAUUCGUUCUGAAAGGGGAAGUCAGUUCUGGGCACAAGAUCUGGUCAGAGGGAAGUGGGAUGUGGCAUGGUAGCAUUUGUUCAUCCAUGGAAUAAAACAUUAUUUUACCA